AUUCGAUUUUUACUUUUUAUUUCAUGUCUUAUACGAUUACAUUCAACAGUCGCGUAGUAUUUUUUAAUUCAGAAGAUUCCAUAAGUAAUUACUAACUUAAGUUAGGUUGUGUUGGUAAAAAUGUUUGAAAAAUUUGCAUUAUUUAUUGUGCUACUGAUAAUGGCACUAAGUACUAUUGAAUUUGUUCGUUGCCAAGAUAAUCUCGAAUUGCAAAGAAUCGAAAAACGUAGUCGUCCGCAAAAUGGUAACAAUAACGACGAUUUCGAAAAGUUUUUCCUUAAAGCAUCAAAAUCUGUGCCGCGAAUUGGUAGACGACGCAUUACAGAGCCACCCAGUGAUACCAAACUACCCUUGUGGGCCGAACUCUCCGACCUGUACGAGUACAACCCCGAAUUAUUUGCGUCACCGCAAUUACUGGUGCGCUGGCUGGAAUAUUAUAAUUCGCAAUUACCUCGUGAGGACGCAAAAACGCCAGACGACAGCCUGCCCAGUGGUUGGUCGCCAAAGAUGCGCUUCAAGAGGGAUCGCAUCAUUCAGAGCGCGUCUCCCAACGACGAGCUGUAUGAAUAUCGUUUACAACCCUAGAAUUAUCUCCCAGAUGAAUACCAGCUACACACACGUAUAAUCUACCAUUAUUAUUAAUCCAAUAUUUUUGCAAAUUGCAUAGAGAUUAAUUGUAAAAAGAUAAGAAGUCAGUCGUGACUCGUAAAAGCAAAGAAAAACGUUUCUUUUUUUAUAUAAAUUUAGAUAACUUGCCACGUAAAACAAUG